AUGGCUCCAAAACAAAGUUUAGAUCAUGUUCAUGAAAAGAUUGUAGUUUUAGGCAGCGGAGGUGUGGGAAAGUCAGCUGUUAUCCUUCAAUUUAUACAAUCGGUAUUUGUUGAGGUUUAUGAUCCAACACUUGAAGACAGUUAUAAAAAGGAAAUAAUUAUUGACUCAACGCCUGUCACUCUCGAAAUUGUUGAUACAGCUGGACAAGAAGAACUCACAAGUCUAAGAGAUAAUUAUGUAAAAACAGGAGAUGGAUUUUUAUUAGUUUAUUCAGUGACAUCAAGUCAAUCGUUUGAAGAAGUUGUUGACCUGAUUGAUCAAAUACUACGAGCAAAGAAUAUUGACCCAGGUUCACAAAAAGAUAUGCAUUCUCUUUCUGCUGUAAUUAUAGGAAAUAAGGCAGAUUUACAAAAUGAAAGAGCAGUUCCUUAUCAGUCUCUUCAAAAACUAAGUGAAAAAUAUGGAAACAAAAUUUCAAUAUUUGAAACAUCAGCUAAAAACAAUGUAAAUAUUGAAGAGUGUUUCAUGACUCUGGCCAGAGAAAUAUUUAACAAAAAAACGGGACGUCAACCUGUGAAAAAAGAUCCAACAGGAACUACUGGAGAAUCAAAAUCAUGUUGCAUAUUAAUGUAA